AUGUCCACCUCCCCGGUCGCCAACCACCCCCUGACGAGAUGCCUCCGCUCAAACCCUGCGUUGACCGAGACGACUCUCUACUCCGACCUUCCACCCACAAUCCGCCACAGCAAAGAUCGGUACACAUUGCUCGACGCGGACAAGAUCGCCUCUUUCCCCCUCAUCUUCUGGGACCCAUCCAGCAAAUCAUCAACAAUGAUUUUUCACCUUGGCCCUUCAUUAUCCGGGUACCCGGGCCUGGUUCACGGUGGCGUCUUGGCCACUCUGCUCGACGAGGGAUUCGCCACGGCCCUGUUCAAGGCCGACCCCACGCGGGUGCCGCUGACGGUUGAUCUAAAUAUCCGAUACCGCAAGGCGGCGCCGACUGGGGAGGUUUACGCACUCUGGGCCAGUGUGCAUGAUGCAGAUGAGGAUGCUGCCAAGGUUACUGGGUGGAUUGAGCUGUUAGGGACCGAUGCCGAUCUCGCCGGAGAUUUAAAUGGAGAACGUGUUGUUGUUAGUGCGGAGGCGAGCUUCAAGUGGGUUAGGCCUGUAGGGAUUUAG